AUGGCUAAAAAAGCCGAUUGGUUGAAGCAACUAAACGAGAUCGAUGCAUGCAACGUUGAUUUUUGUGAAAUUUUAACAUCGUCACAUAAAUUGGAAGAUUUUUUUACGGAUGAGCCAUAUUUAAUAUCAAUCUUUAAAAACUAUCGAAGUCGAAAACUAAAUGAGGUGACACUCUUUUGGUGUUUUUUAAUUACAUUUAUGCACUGGUCUUGUGAAACAAAAUUAUUUGACAAAGAAAAGUUUGAUUAUAUUAACUUGAAACUUUAUGGAAUUCUCCGAGGAGAUUCAGUUUCACAUAAAUCUGGAUAUAUAAAACCAAUCAGAGUAGCAUUUAAUUUUGUUGAAAAUUAUUUUAAAGAUCAAUUAACUGAUUCAAAUAAGCAAUUUCAUUCAACUUGCAUCGAAAGUCUGACACCAGCUAAACUGCUUGUUGAACUCGAAUUAUCAUCGAAAUUCAUUUCAUCGGACGAAGAUCGUCCGUUAACUGAUUUUUCAUUUUUCGAACCCAAUUCACCAAAAGCAAAGGAAGCACAGCCAUGUUUAAUUUCAGCAUUUAAUGGUGCUUACAAGCUUCAAAGAUCUACUAUGACAUAUUCGAAAGAUAUUAAAGAUAAAAGUCUUACAAUGUUAAUUCCAACUACUGGUGAUCGAUGGCCUGCAUUAUUGGACUAUUUUUAUGAUUCAUCCCAAACGAAUGGUUUGUAUGAACGAUUUCUAUAUUGGAUAAUUGGCAAAAAAAAUUUUGUACAUGAACAUUCAUUACUUAAUGAAGAAUUACCGAGUUUGGAAUACUUAUACAUAACAAGAAUGCUUAUUGGUAAUCGUAUUUAUGAAUAUGAUGAUGCUGCAUUAAAUUAUCUUCGACCAAUUUUAUAUAAGAUGCGUUCUAAUGAUUCAUCAUAUGAAGGCUUGUUUAAUGUUCCAAAAAAUAAACGUGCUGAAGCAUGUGAACGACGUGGUGCUGAUCUUAUUGAACGUAUUGCCGUCAUUAUACAAAAUAUUUUUGAUACAUUAAAAGUGUUAGAGCCAAUCAAAUCUAUUAAUUUUAAUGUUAUUCAACAAGAUACACUAAAUGAAAUCAAAGCCAACAUUGGUAAAUAUUUUUAUUCCAAUGAAAUGUUAAGUCAAGUUAACAAUGAAUCUUCUUAUCCGGAUGGUGUCGAUUUAAAAGAAUUGAAAGAAGUUCGAAUUACUAGUGUGAACAAAGCACCGUUACAAUCAAUGAAAGUUGGAUUAUCUGCUUGCCAAAUUGCUGUUCAUUUUUUUCACAAACUUUUACUUCCUCAAUCCAUUCGAUUAUUUUGUACCGAUUCAAUUCAUAUUAAAAAGGCUAUAUUAAAUGAAUUAAAAAUUAUCCAAUAUCCAGUUAAUUGCUUUUCAAUUAGCGACUUAACAUGUGGUGGCAUUUUUCACAAUUACAAACGUCAUAAAAUCGAUGUGAAACCACUACUUUUGAAUUUACAACAAAAACGUUUUCUUAAAUGUGGUAAAUUUAAAAAAAGUUCAUUUCGAUUAAUUGAGACUUGGAUUAAAACGUUACCUGAUCCAACAAACGAUGAACAAUUCAAACAUUUUAAAAAUGAAUUGAACACGAGUUACCAACUCGAUUUAGAAAAAUAUAUUGAAUAUUAUGAAAAUGGUAUUGAUGAUAAUUCAUUAUUAACUGAAGCAGGUCAAAGUAUAUUAUUAACACAAAAAUCAUGGAUUGAACAAUUACGACAAAAAAUUCAUAAUCCUUCUAUGCAAAGUGCACGUUCAGAAUUAACUACUAAUUCAUCUACAAUCUUACCACAAAUUGAACGAACAACAAUGUUUACAAAUGUCGUUCAAGAUAUCAGUAAUUCAGUUCAUUAUAAUACAAGUGAAUCAAUUGAUACCAUUCCAGAUAUCAAUCUUCCACCAGUAAUUGAAUAUUACACCGAGUCAUCCAAUGAUGAUGUACUUAUGACUACAGUUGAAAAUUGUCUAUCGAAUAUUAUUGAACAAAUAAUUGAUUCCAAUAAUACAAAUGAUGUACCAAUGAUUGGUUCAAUUACACGUGAAAACAAUACAGUUUCUUCACCUGCAAUUGCAAUCAAAUAUGCAAUAUCAGAUAGUUGUAUAUUAACAGAAGAUAUGAAAGAAUUAUGUAAAAAAAUCUUAUUAUCAGAUUCGAUUAUUUUGUCCAGUACAAAAUUAAACAAAACAUGCAACAACAUCAAUAUGAUUGAUGUGCACAAAGCUUGUCGUUUAUUAAUUGAUAAUGGAUUAUUAGAAAAAGACAAAAAAUUAUUAGCAAACAAGCAUUCUUAUUUUGAAUCUUAUUUGAAAAAAAUUCCAAAAAAUAAAUCAGACUUAGUGGAUUUUUCUGUAGCAUUAGCUCGAUUUGGAAUUAUCGAUAUUGAUCUGUAUUAUGCAACAUUAAAAAAAAUUGAUACAAAAAACACUACCUAUUUAACAUCACAUGGAAUGUCAAUUUUGGAAGAGAAACCAUACAAUAAUUUGAAGAUCGAUGUAAAUAAGGAUGCCAUUAUACAACCAACAAGUGAACGAUUUCGUGAACUACCAAAUGAGCCUGAUGCUAAUCGUAAUAAUGAUAAAGAAAAUGUCACAAUGGAAAAAGUCGAUGAUUCAACAAUUUUUGAACACGAUGUUGAACAUGCUUUAAGUCCAAAAAGACGUCGUGCGUUAACAGGCAAAGGAAAAGAAUAUAAAGAGCAGCAAUCUAAAUCCAAGAAGAAAAAGAAUUGA